AUGCCUAGCUUUACCGUUUUCAAGGGUGGCAAGGAUGGUGCGCCCAAGAAGUCCACCACCCAGAAACCUGAUCAACUUAUCGGGGAUCAGGUGCUUGUGAAAGUAACAGCAUCUGGUGUUUGCGGAACUGAUCUCCACUAUCUGACAUCGGACAUGGUUCUUGGCCACGAGGGCGUCGGCGUCGUCGAGGAUGUCGGGCCCGAGGCCAAGUACCUCAAGAAGGGCGACCGUGUGGGCUGGGGCUACGAGACUGACAGCUGCGGCCACUGUCACGAGUGCAUCCGCGGUGAAGAAAUCUUCUGCCCCGAGCGCGCCAUGUACGCCGGCGCCAACCUCGACCAGGGCAGUUUUGCCUCGGGUGCCAUCUGGCGCGAGGCCUUCCUACACCCCAUCCCCGACGGCAUCACCGACGAGGAGGCCGCGCCCCUGCAGUGCGGCGGCGCCACCGUGUACACCGCCCUCUACGACGUCAGGCCAAACGAGGUCGUCGGCAUCAUGGGCGUCGGCGGCCUCGGCCACCUGGCCAUCCAGUUCGCCGCCAAGAUGGGCUGCCGCGUGGUCGUGUUGUCGGGCUCUGACAGCAAGCGGGACCAGGCCCUGGCCCUGGGCGCCCACAAGUUUGUCGCCAUGAAGGACCUUGACAACGCGAGCAAGGAGCUCGCCGGCUCGUGGGCCAUCUCGCGUUUGUUGGUGACCACGGCCGCCCAGCCCGCUUGGGACACCCUUCUGCCCAUAAUGGGUCCCAAGUCGCGCAUCUAUCCGCUCUCCGUCUCGGCCGGAAAUCUCGUCAUCCCGUACAUGCCGCUUAUUCUCCAGGGCAUUGCUGUUCAAGGGUCGCUGGUUGCCACCAGGAGCGUACACCGCGAGAUGCUGGAAUUCGCCGCCGCGCACAACAUCCGGCCUGUUAUCCAGACCUUCCCCAUGACGGAAGAGGGCAUCAAGGAGGCGCUGGAUCUGCUGGAGCAGGGCAAGGUGAAGUACAGGGCCGUCUUGGUCGCGCAGUGA